GACCAUUAGCGGCGUACUUCAGUCGGAACCGAGCGCGAGUUGGUGUUCGACACGGCGCGUGAAGUGUGUUACUACUUGCGGCUACGUCGUUCGAUUGUCGACCAAAUAAAUAGCGAUUCGUCGUGCUACGCAUUACGUGUACACCACAGCUGCUAACUAGGGCACGACGAGUAAAAGGGCCCGUGCGUGAUACGAGCUAAAACAAAACCAAAAGAUGACAACUUGGCAAGCACCUGGUUCGGGAUUCUAUGCAGGGCAACAAGGUCCGUACCCGUAUCCUCAAAAUCCAGGAUAUCCGCCACCACAAGAAGGCUAUCCAUAUCCUCAAAAUCCCGGAUAUCCACCACCUUACUCCGGUGGAAUUCCACCAGGUCCAGGAUUUAUACCUCCACCGGGUGUUCCACCAUACGGUGAAGCGCCACCGCCAGUUGGUCCAGAAUUUGGAGGAGUACCUCCACCAGGUCAUCCAGGAAUGUACGGGUCUGGGUAUGGAGAAGAUCCUAUGCAGGAUGAAGUCAAAGGGUUUGAAUUCAGUGACAAAACGAUCAGGAAUGGCUUCAUUAGGAAAGUGUAUAGCAUCUUGAUGUGUCAGUUGCUUAUCACACUUGGGAUGAUUACUUUGUUGCUUUAUCAUAGACCGACACAGUUAUGGGUUAAGAAUCACUCAGAAUUGUUUUGGAUUGCUUUUGCCUUAACUCUUGUCCUGCUCAUAUGUAUGACUUGCUGUACCAAUGUGAGACGUAAAGCUCCGAUGAACUUCAUAUUCUUGUUCCUAUUUACAUUUGCGGAGGCUUUCCUACUGUCCGUGGCUGCAUCAACAUACGAGUCUCAAGAAGUCAUGCUGGCUGUUGGAAUUACAGCGGCAGUGUGUCUAGGAUUGACGAUAUUCGCAUUUCAGACAAAAAUCGAUUUUACCGGAUUGCACAGUGUCUUGUUCGUCGCUGUGCUCAUUUUACUUAUUUUCGGUAUAAUUGCAGUGAUCUGGCACGGAAAAGUUAUAACUUUGGUUUAUGCCUCGCUAGGCGCGUUUAUAUUCUCCUUAUAUCUGAUUUACGAUACGCAAAUGAUGAUCGGCGGAAAACAUAAAUAUUCUAUUUCACCAGAGGAAUAUAUCUUUGCCGCGUUGAGUCUGUAUCUGGAUGUCGUCAACAUCUUCCUGUAUAUUUUAACUAUUAUUGGCGUUUCGCGAGACUAAUUGAUGUCAAUUAUGAUAUUUUGACUUGUGUUAUACUUACUAAGGAAUACACACAUAAAGUCAGUUUUUACUUACCGCCGUCCUGCUUUGGCUCUCUACAGUCAUUGUUCUGAGAGCGCACUGUAGGCGAAGAAACAAUGAAGUAUGAAGAAGCAUAACAUUGGCAAGACUUUAAUUUCUACGAAGAUAGCUUUUACAAAUUUUCAAAGAUUAAUAUAUCUAUACAAAUAGCA